AUGGAAACUGACCUCAGGCAACCCUCGGAGGACUACACCCAGCUCCCCAGGUGUCGGCUGAGCACCGUGAGAUCUUGUAUAAUUCAGGAAAGUGAUUCUCGGCGGGUGCUGCUAUCUGCGGACCCCGUGUCUUGGGACAGAAAGAGAGGUUGUCGACGCCAGUGGGAGGAAGGCAUCAACCACGAGUGUAAGCUGUGCAACCAGAUGUUUGACUCCCCGGCCAAGCUCCUCUGUCACCUCAUCGAGCACAGCUUCGAGGGCAUGGGCGGCACCUUCAAAUGCCCGGUUUGCUUCACAGUCUUCGUCCAGGCCAACAAGUUGCAGCAGCACAUCUUCGCCGUGCAUGGGCAGGAGGACAAGAUCUAUGACUGCUCGCAGUGCCCACAGAAGUUCUUCUUCCAGACCGAGCUGCAGAACCACACGAUGAGCCAGCACGCACAGUGAGGGACCGCUCGACAGGACACCUCUCCGCAGAAGGCUUGCCGGAGACGCCGUGGGGAGGGCCAUUUGAACAUUACAUCCAAUCAAAGUGUCAUUUGCAACCCAGAUGUAAAACUCUAAUGAUUUGGCCAUGAGGCGCUGCUAUUAUAAGCAGCUGGAAAUGAAUAUUAAUGGCAGAGAUUAAAAGUAUUCCAUGCUCAGUAUUUUUUAUUGUCCUGCUACAGCUAGUGUGCUUUUAGAGUUUCCACCGCAGACUACAUUUCUAGAGUUAGAGAAACCCGCUUUUAAGGCUAUUGUCCUUUGUUCCUUCAUGUAUUAUAUUGAUAGUUUUUAAAGAUGGAUUAGUGUGAUUUUUUUUCUUUGCUUCUUUUUUUUUUCCUUCUUGAUUUUCUUUUCCCCCCUUCGGUUAACUACUUUUUAAUUGCAAUUCUAGGUAAUUGUGCAUCGUGAUGUGAUUGCUUGGCUAUUGUCUGAAUAUUUCCUUUUAAUUUUUUAAUUAAAGACUAAUGCUUUGAUUGGAUUUGCCAGUUCACCGGACAGUGAUUAAAACUAUGUAAUGAAUAUAAUCGGUUUCAGUGCAACUGGAUGGUCUGCUUUUAAAUGUGACUUAAUCUGACUGCAGUAACUAGUACAGUUCAAUAAAGGGAAUCCAUGCGAUUAGCA